UGUGUCACGUGUCAAGUCUUGUGAUGACAACAGUCGAUAUUUAGGCCAAAUUUCCAAAAAUAUCCAAAAAACACCCAAAAGGUACUGUGAUGGCAGCUGUUUAGUGCUUUUUUUAAUAUUUACCAGUAAAGUAAGUGAAGGUUGUAACAUUCAUUUCUCAUGAAAAGCUUUUGCUCAUUAAUUUAAGUUACAAUUAUUUGGAUAAAUAAUAAUGGGAGCAAACAGUAGCAAGAAAUUAGCAGCAAAAUGCUCGUUUUUAUCCAAAGACGAGCAAUUAAUUGUAAGCAACUCAUUUAAAUUGGCUAGCAGAAAUUCUGAGAAAAUCAAAGAAGAGGAACUAUCUAAACUAUGGGGAACCCAGGUAGACCAACGACUACUACAGUACUUGAACAAUUACUUGUUUGGUACUGGAGAACAUCGACAAAAUACAGUAGAUUUAGAAAGGUUUGCAGAGCUCUUUGUGUUUUCAACAAGAGGGACAGUAGAUGAUAAAAUCAAAGUAUUGUUGACAUCUUUGGGGAAAUCAGAAAAUGAGUGCAAUGAGGUUACCACUGCUUUAGUGAAAGAGUAUGUGGAGAGCAUAGUUGCCUCAUACAUGAAAAUCCAGAAGCACAGCAAUAUGAAGCAAUUCAAGAGCUGGUACUCUCGUGGGUGCUUCACAGCAGCUCAAAACAUCCAACGAUUGGCUGAAAGUUUGACACACGAGCUGACUAUUCAUGAACCACUGAGUAGGAGAGCAUUGGAAGUGUGGUUACAGGAGUCUACACUCUUGGGACAGUUGUUGAUGUUUGUAUCCAUGCAUCUUUAUAAUAUCUCUCACAAAGAAAAAGGGGGUGUUGCCAGUGACAAGUCAGGUUCUAAUAUUGCUGUCGACAAUGUAGCAUUAACAGAAAAAGAAAGGGAUAGAAGUUUGAUUCCUUAUUGCAAAGGUCUUGAUCUCAUACCAUCCUACCCUAGUAUAUUGGACUUCAAUCAGAUAACGUAUAUCAAUGCACAUUUGCCGCAACAGUAUCAAAUAGAAUGGAGGUUUUUGUUCAGUUCUGAGAUACAUGGGGAAUCUUUUUCUACUUUAAUAGGCAGGAUAGUCAAUCAAGGGCCAUCAGUGAUAGUUCUAGAAGACAGCCAUGGUUACAUAUUUGGAGGUUUUGCUCCAGCUAACUGGGAGUUGGCUCCAAAAUUCUAUGGAGAUGAUAGUAGCUUUUUGUUCACAUUGGUACCCAAAAUGAGGGUAUUUCCUUCUACAGGAUACAAUCAGCAUUUCCAGUAUCUUAACUUGCAUCAACAAACUUUGCCUAACGGCUUGGCAAUGGGAGGUCAGCAUGGCUAUUGGGGUCUAUGGUUGGACUCCGAAUACGGUAAAGGCAUGACCAGCCCGACAUGUACGACUUUCUCGGGCUAUACGCAAAUGUCGCAUUCGAAAGAGUUCACUUUCAGGCAUUUGGAAGUGUGGGGAUUGGGACAACCGCCUCCCACUCCUCAAGAGAAAGGGGAGAGAGAUCCAGGGGGUGCAAGCAUAUUGGACGGGAACGCGGAGAGUAAAGCGAUGCUGAAAAUGGCGGGAAAAACUAUGCAUAGCGAAGGGCUCAGGGAGCCGUCGCCUAACUAGACGUUUUUGCGUACGUGAUGGUUCAAUUUGAAGAGCAUUUUAUGGAGAAGAGGCUGCAUUUUGACAUGGAGGUGCAUAGUAUACUUACUGUCACUCCUAUCCGACUUGAGAUAUCAGUCGCUUGGGGAUCUUACUUGCUACAAAGAACAGAAAAAUUAUUGUUUAUUCAAAUCUCAUUUGCGAUCUGUUAACACAAACACCAGCGCGCGGCGUUCAAAUGCCCGCUUUUUUAUUAACCAAAAUGCCUGGGCAGGUAGCGACAGGCGAAUAAGAGCAGCGAUCUUGUGUUCAUGUUUGUUUUGACGCACAGAAAAUUAGGUUUGCGUAGGUUAUAGUUUGUAGACUUCGUAAAUUGUAAAGCAUGGACACAUUCUAUUUUAUGUGGAAUUGGCAAUAGUGUAAUUGGCGUGGCUUGUAAUAUUUUAAAAAUGGGGCUUCGCAUAACGGUCUGAAAGCUAGUACAUACAGUGGGGAUUUUUGCGCACUUUCAGGUAAAAAUGCAGCAUUUUUCCCCAAAAAGGUCUCUUUAGUUGGGUGAUAACUUGCAGAUGCAUUAGAGUUGUGCAUUAUUACUUGAGGGUUGCUGACACUACCGCAGUUUACGAUUUGCCACGAAACUUCGUAGCAAUUUGUUUAUUCGCGACUCCCAUAUUUGACAAGGCCGAGAAAGAAGAGAUAUAACUUUUAAUUUGCUUCCCAGAAUUUAAAUUCAAUAAUUAAUGUUACAACUCUACUGCAGAUAAAAAACGCAUUUCGAACGUGUGCGAUAUGAUUUUCAUAGCUUUCCAAAUGGUUAAAUAAGCAUAUUUUCGUUGCUUCAAUACUGUUUCUGUUAAUCUUGACUUUUUACUAUAUUUCGCUAACUGUUGAUAUCAUUUUAAAUGUUAUCAAAAUUAUCAUAUUUCUGAGAAAUGUUACUUAUAUCAUAAAUGUGUUCCUAGUAUAUUAUUUUACGAGACAACUAAAUAUUUUAACAUUCGUUGAUACUUUUGCAGUUUGCUUUCCAAUAGGGGGAUGUUCAACAAUGGUUAUUUUGUCAUUAUUUCCAUCAUCAUUUCAUCAUUGCAAAUUAUUUAACAUUUGUGGGAUGUGAGAUUUUUUUUCUAUUACAAUCAUAUUUAUGGAGACCUUAUAAGAUCUGAACUGAAUUUUUAUAGCUGGUUUCCAUAACACAAGUAAUCUAUAGUCUCUGGAAAACGCUGAAUGGCAUUUCGUGUCUCCUAAAUUUAUUUUACCGCUAUACGUUCCAGAUCAGAACAUUUAAUUUUAGGUUUGAAUCCCAGUCUUGAACACAAUUUCAAGAUUGACAUUUGUAGUAAAAUAAUACGCUGGCGCUAGUCUAUUGUGACAUCUGAGCAUUAUGUGUUUUAAGAGAUUGUUUUAUGUGGAAUUAAGUUUUUCGAUGGUAUAAAUUUGACUUUUCAUCGUAUGAGAUCACUAUAUUUUGAAGUGAUGGCUUCCCAUAAAUUUACACAAAUCACGAACUGAUAUGGAUGUUCCGUAAAUACAUUUUUAUAUAUGCAUUUAUCUAUCGUGAGAUAACCAACGUUUUUCAGUUCAAUAGAUUCUACACUCAUGUUGUAGAUUUAGAGGAAUUUAUAUUAUACACCCAUUGUGUUUAUUUGAGAGUGAAUAACGUAUUUCGUAUCUUUGAACCAUUCGUCUUGCUCAUCUACAAUUUGACUUGGCUAAUGCACGACAUUUUUUGUAGUUAAUUUGGGUACAAUGAUGAUUAAUUUUAGCCAUCAGUAUUUCGCGACAAAAUUCUGUCGUGAAUUAACUAAAGCGUUUACAUUGUACUGCAGGAAAAAAUGAGAUAAAGAUGUGACGGGGAUAACAACGGUUUUUUUCUGAAUUGAUCAGCAUCCAUUUUUAAUUGUGCUGUUAUUCAGUUUUUUAACAAUUUCAACAUCAUUAAUCAUUUUCUUGGAUCUUGUUUAAAAUCAUGGUAACUGAAAAAAAUAUUUGCUGCAUAAUUAGCAUACUGAUUUUUUUUUGUAUUGAACUGUAGAUCCGCUUAAAGUCCGACGCCAAGCAAGAGCCGAUUCCUUAUUUGAAGAUAUGUAAAUGUAAAGUAAAAAAUAUAUCUUUAAAUAAUGUCCUGACUGCGCAUGUCUUAUUUUUUCCUAGUGGUUCAUAUUAUCAUAACCUGUUUGAGGUCACUUUCUAGUCAUGUAUAGGAAAAUCCCUAUAAGAAUAAGAUAAAUAUUUUAUUCUGUAAAUACAGACUAUUUAUGUAUUGUGUGGAGAUGAAAGAUUUGUCAUAAAUAAUUAUAUAUCUAUUACGCCAUUUUGAAAAAAAACAUUUGUAUACUGUUUUUAAUCAUCUUUUGCAUAUCAUUCAACUACCGAAGAGCACAAUAUUUACAAAGAAUGCAUCAAAGACCAACGUGCCAAAAUACAUUAACAUAACAUUCAUUUGAAAUGGCAAAUUAGAUUAUAAUCUAUUGAAUACACUUCCUCAUAAUAGCUUCUUGAUGAAUCUGAAGUACCAGCAUAAUCUGAGAAGUAAAAUUAAAACACCGACUCACAUCGCGUAACACUUUGAUUACUCCAAAAAUCACAAAUGCUUUAAAUGCAAGUUUAAAGUUUAUAGUAAAAUUGUUUGAGUGAAAUGUUAUACGUACGCCAAAAAGGCGUAUUUUGAUGUUAUACGGACGCUAAAUGCGCGGCGCUCACGAUGUGUGAUCAGGGCGGUUGCUAUGGAUUCUACGACUAGGUAACGAAUACAAUGACGUUGCAGCUCAACACUAUAGCCGCCGCAUUAAGCUUUCUAUUCACAAUCGUUCCAUCAUAUCAUAAAAAAUUGAAAUGAAAUGAAUUUAAAUGAUUGAAUCAUUCGAAAUAAUUAGUGUAAGUUUCCAGGUUCCCAGGGCUGCCAGGUACUAAUUUUCUAAAUGAACUGAUGCAUUAAAUACCGUUCAUAUGUACUUUUAAUGCCUGCGAACCUGCUAAGUCGAGUAAUGGGACGAUUUACUGGUGCUAGGUGGGAAAGGUUUUUUGAUGGCUGAUUUUUAUAUAUGCCAGACGCUUUAUAAAUUGACGCCGCUCUUAAUUUUUUGUUUGAGCGUUUAGAAAAAAAUGUACAAUACAAAAGUUGAAUCUGAUAUGAACUUUUUCAUGCAAUGUCUUUUUUGUAUACAGGAUGUCAGUGCUAUCGAUUAAAGUGGCCCUGGCUUUAUUUGGCAGGACUUCUCUGAAGCAUCGUGUAUAAAAAAAUCUAGCAUGAAAAUCUUAUUAGACUCUAUAAUUUUUGUUCGAAACUUAUUUCUAAACCGUCUACAAAACAAGUUAGCUAGAGGUCAAUCUGUAAUGGCACACCUUGUUUAAAGUGGUUAUGGCUGGUGUAUACAAAAAAAACCUUUUGAGUAAAGGGAUGAUUUACCUGGUGGGAAAGGUUUAGUAAAAAUAAGAUUAACUUAAACUAAAUUUUGAUGGCUGAUUUUUAUACAUGAUCCUUAAAACGUUAACACAAAGUAAGAUUCAGCACAGUCAGUCACUUCCCACUGGUCAUAACUUCCGCCAGACGCGUUAUAAAUUGACGUUAUACAUUAACGUCCCUCUUAAUUUUUUGUUUGGGCGUCUAGAAAAAAAAUGUACAAUACAAAAGUUGGGUCUGUUAAGAACUUUUUCAUGUAGUGUCUUUUUGUAUACAGGAUGUCAGUGCUAUCGAUUAAAGUGGCAGGUUAAAAAAACAGCUUUAUUUGAUAAGACUUCUCUGAAACAUCGUGUAUACAAAAAAAAAUCUAGCAUGAAAAUCUUAUUAGACUCUAUAAUUUUUGUACGAAACUUGUUUCUAAACCGUCUACAAAACAAGUUAGCUAGAGGUCAAUUUAUAAUGGCACACCUUGUUUAAAGUGGUUAUGACUCUAUAAUUUUUAUACGAAACUUGUUUUUCUAAACCGCCAGUAUAUGUUUUACAAAGUACAUAUAAAAAUCAGAUAUCAUAAUUUGAGUCAAGCCGGUCUUAUUUUUACUUAACCGGCCCUCUAACCAACUUAGCAGGGACGCAGACGUUGAAACUACAUACAAACGCUAUUAAAUGAGUUUUGUCUUUAUCAUGUUUGGCAGCCUUACUGUGAAUGUAGUAUGUCUGGCUAAAUAUUCUUUAGCUCCAAAAUUGGCUGCGCUUCUCCAUUCAGAGCCGUUGGGAUGCUUCUAGAUAAAUGUAGCACUCGAAGAACGGAAUGACGUGAUAUAAAGCUUUUUGGAGUGAUAGUGAAUAAUGUCGGCCUUCACAACGCGCUUAACGUCUGGCCAACGCAUAUGCGUUUACCUGUUUACCGUUCGUAUAAUUUGCACUACUCGUGCCAUUUACUUGAUAGAUUGAUGUUAUUUUGACGCAGUAGCGUAUUUUAAAAUAAAGGAACGAAAAAAGCAAAAAUUCGGGUUGAGCCGGCUCGGUCCAUGGCCCUUUUGGCCCUAGGGUCGCGUUAAAGUUGUCGCAUGUGACAAAAUAUCAAAUUUGUCAAACCAAGAAGCUAUUAUGUGAAAUGUAUUGUAAACGUAGCUAUCUAUAAAUUAUCACUAAAGAUGCCUAUCAGAUAUGUAUUCUUAUACACGUAAAACAUCACUAUCUUAAUAACUGCACCUGUGUGCAAUGUAAUUUUGUUUGUCAUUUCUAUUUGUGAUUUAAUUAUAGCACUUUUUGACUUCUUUAUGUGAUUCUAUUCUGUGUUAAUGGAU